CAAAGUUGGGAGUCGCUCCCGAGCCUGCUCCUGCGAGGCCCGGGACGCGCGCCCGGCGGGCCCUCGGCGGCAAAGCGGGUCUGCACCCCAGCGCCGGCUCGGGUGGCCUCCCGCCGUCCCCGCCUUAGCCUGAAGCUGGAAUCUCCCCCGAGCAGUUCACGUUCCCUGGUGGAAAAUGCGGCCUCGUCAGAUUCUCCCAUCGGAAAAAUUAACUUCCACAAGGAUCGGGAAAGAUGGAUGGGAUAUGCAGUGCCCGUCAUAAGCUCCAGAGAGUACCUUCCACGGAGACCAGCAGAGGAGUGGGCAAACAUGACGUCCAAUCCUGCCAUCCAAGCUGCCAUCGACCUCACUGCAGGGGCUGCAGGGGGCACGGCAUGUGUCCUGACCGGGCAGCCCUUCGACACCAUGAAGGUGAAGAUGCAGACGUUCCCCGACCUGUACCGGGGCCUCACCGACUGCUGCCUGAAGACCUACGCCCAGGUGGGCUUUCGUGGCUUCUACAAGGGCACCAGCCCGGCGCUGAUUGCCAACAUCGCUGAGAACUCUGUCCUCUUCAUGUGCUACGGCUUCUGCCAACAGGUGGUACGGAAGGUGGUUGGAUUGGACAAGCAGGCAAAGCUGAGUGAUCUGCAGAAUGCAGCUGCUGGCUCCUUCGCCUCUGCCUUUGCUGCACUGGUGCUGUGCCCCACAGAGCUUGUGAAGUGCCGGCUGCAGGCCAUGUUUGAGAUGGAGACAUCGGGAAAGAUAAACCAAAGCCAGAAUACAGUUUGGUCUGUCGUGAAGACUAUCCUUAGAAAGGAUGGCCCCUUGGGCUUCUACCACGGACUCUCCAGCACUCUACUUAGGGAAGUACCCGGCUAUUUCUUCUUCUUCGGUGGCUAUGAACUGAGCCGAUCAUUUUUUGCAUCAGGGAGAUCAAAAGAUGAACUAGGCCCUGUCCCUUUGAUGUUAAGCGGUGGAGUUGGUGGAAUUUGCCUAUGGCUUGCUGUAUACCCGGUGGAUUGUAUCAAAUCCAGAAUUCAAGUUCUUUCCAUGUCUGGAAAACAGGCAGGAUUUAUUGGAACCUUUAUAAAUGUUGUGAAAAACGAAGGAAUAACGGCCUUAUAUUCUGGACUGAAGCCCACUAUGAUUCGAGCGUUCCCUGCCAAUGGGGCACUAUUUUUGGCCUAUGAGUAUAGCCGGAAGCUGAUGAUGAGUCAGUUGGAAGCACACUGAAGUGUCCUGGUGGGCCUGGCGCCAAGCACAGGUGUUGAGGACUACAGUUCAUCUCAGGGUUUCAUGGAGUACAAGACCAAAGUGGAAUUAUUUUGGUUUCUAGGGAAUUUUGUUUUUGUCUUCCCUUCUUCUACCCUACAUCUUAAACUUUAUGGAAGGACCUUUAUUUUACAUCAUAAUAGUUUUUGCCCAUGAGUGUAAUGAAAUAGAAAAGUUGCUGUUGCUUGGUAGAAUAUACAGGGUGGCCAGGGGCCCUACGCACCUAAUUUGAAAGGCUGAGUAUAGUCCUCUCAGAGCUUUUGUCUAAACCUGCACUUGUACAUGCAGUUUGAACAGUUAUGUGUUGAGGGAAACAAUUCGGUUCCAUGUUUAAUCUCAAAUAUUACCAGAAAACCCCAGAGGUGACCAUAUUUCAUGAAGAUAGUUAUAAAUGUUUGCUUAACCCAUUCUAGAUGUAGGGUGUCUUUUAAAAUCUGCUUAACAUGUGUACUAUUCUAAGUGGUUGAACUUUUUUAAAAAAAAGUUUUCAUCUGGUGCUUAAAAACGAAAAUAUCCCUCUAGAUUUUUAAGAGAAUGAAUAUACUUGCAUACUGUGUGGCUUCCACAUUCUAGAGUUAAAGUUUCAGAGCAGGCAUCCUGGAUUUCCCCAAGAUGCUCUACUCUUAAAACAGUGCCAUUCAUUUUCUAGGUGGGAUCAUAUUCCACACUGUGACAGUAUUGCCAGGUGUGGCCUAGAGGAUCAGGCCGUUGAAAACAGCCCGGCCUUCACAGCUUCCCUUCUCUCCCAAAGAGCGUGUCCCCUGCUGGGCUGAGGGGAUCGGUGGGGCUGCUGUGCUAUGAUGAAGACCCACGUAGCUCACAGCAACUCUUAAUGUCUGUCUCUGGGUCCCGGCCUGGGUGGAGCUCCAGGAUGUUCUCUUGGCCCAUCUGGGACUAUCAGUCCACUUGGGACCACUCACUGUCCUCUUUGCCUCCACCAAUCAGGAAACCCUUCCAAGGGACAGAGAGUGCCAAAGCCAAGAGAAGCCUUUGUUCCCUGUUUGGUGACUGAGUGACAGUACUUGUGGGUGAGUCCUCUCCUCUCAGACAUAACUAGCAAGAACUUAGUGCCUAUGCUCCACAGUCAGUGAUGUCAGGGCUGACCCAUCCUCAAACUUACCUUGGGAUCCACAACCCCUUGCCAUGCUUAUACAGUGUUGGAGCCUUCUACAUUUGGCACUGGCAGUCAUUGAGUUUUAGCGACUGUACAUGAGAUGUGACUUUAUAAAGCAACGGGACAUAAGUAAUUUUAUUAAUCCAUGCUGUAUGUAUGUAUGUAGGUGUUCACUGACUUAAAAACCCAACCAAACCCCAUAGUUCAUCUGAUCCCAACAGACUUGGGGAUGGGCAGCUGUUCUUUGGCCAGAUGGUAUAAGAGGAUCAUUUUUGUCACUACUAAAAUCGGUCUCAUUCUGUGCUGCUCCAUGACCAGCAGGGUCUCUCUGAAUACAAAGUCAUCUUAAGCAGCCUGCAAAGCUGACAAGCAGCGUAACAAAUGCUAAUAACAGUCCACACCAUGCGUGUCUAUUCCUGUUGACAGGGUAUAAAUGCUGUGCAAAACCUCCCGUUUCCUUAAGCUUUUGCUAUCUGGGAAGCCUCUGUGGCAACCCCAGCCAUGGUGCCAGUAGCAAGAGGGUCAGAGAAACCAGAGGCUGAUAAACAGGGGGCACUUUUGGGGAGGGGAUGCCUGUCCUGCCUGUUGUGCUCCAGAGCUACGGCUGGUCUUCCAUUUGCCUUUUCUUUCUUUAAGAGAAAAUAACUUUUCUACUUUGCUUUUCUCUCCGUGCUUAAACGGCCAGGAGCUAGUCAAAGUUAGCCCUGUUGGCAGCAGAUGUCACAGGUCAUCCAUUAAAGCUUUAACUGAGUAUCUUAAACAAGCAAUAGUCUGAGGCACGUGGGAGUGAAGAAUGGAAACGUAAGUCAGGAGAAUUUUUUUUUUUUUCAUUCUAUUUGCUGAAUUCAUGGUUCAAUAUUUGGGUACAACUUGUACCAUUUUCAGAUCUGUACUCCAGACAAAAAUAUAGCAACUUGAAAUGUGUUUAAAGAGAUUUGAGUAUUCUAUCAUUAAAUUAUUUACCUAAUA